AUGGAAAUCGCAGGCGACUACAUUGAUCCAGCCACAUCCCUUGCACUUGCAGCGGGACUCUUCACCGGAUGGGAAGAAAUCUUCUUCGUCGUCGCAAUUCUCUUCCCGUUCCCAGAGUCAAUCCUCGCCUACGUACAAAACCUCCGAGAUAAUCAAAACCAACACAUCCUCGAACUCGAAGCUACCAACGUCAUCCGCCAAGGAGACCCCGCCUGCGCCGCGCAAAUCGAGCACGUGAGACUCGAAUACGAAAGACAACAAAUCCUCUGCAGACGUACUCAAAUCGAGCACGACCCUGCCGCGCGUCAGGUCCUGGAAACACUCACACAGUAUAUCGCGAUGCGAUAUGGAACGCAGCUCAUUACCGUCGAGGAGCGGUUUCAGCUUGCUUUAGAGGUGUGUGAUAGUGGGCGGGAGGGGCUGGUGCAGGGGGGUUUGGAGUGUUGGAUCCCAAAUGCCAUAGAGGUUAGUUUGGAGUUACAGAAUGAGCUGGACGGUUUCCUGCAGGAUACUAGUUGGGUUAAUCAGUUGGUUGAGUACACGGUUCAUACGGGGUAUUGUCUGCUUUGGGCCGAGGAGGCGCGUCAGGCACAAGGUGUGAUUGAGGAGCCUCAGCCAUCUUGUGCUAGUUCAACUGGGGAGGUUGUUUCGUACAGCCGGGAACAAGAAUGGGAGAUUCGGGAACAAGCAUGGAAGUUUGUGGAACCUGGACAUUUGAUGAGACUGGAAACUAUGUCAAUGUGGGUGUACAAUGAUGAAAACUAG